AUGGUCGUGAAUAACCCAAAUAACUGGCACUGGGUCGAUAAGAACUGCAUCGGAUGGGCCAAGGAGUAUUUCAAACAGAAACUGGUUGGAGUGGAGGCCGGUUCGGUGAAGGAUAAAAAGUAUGCCAAAAUCAAGUCUGUUUCGUCCAUUGAAGGUGAUUGUGAAGUUAAUCAGCGUAAGGGGAAGGUUAUAUCUUUGUUUGAUUUGAAAAUCACGGUGUUAAUAGAGGGACACGUGGACUCUAAGGACGGAUCGGCAUUGCCAUUCGAGGGUAGCAUUAACGUUCCUGAAGUUGCCUUCGAUAGCGAGGCCUCAAGCUAUCAAUUUGACAUAUCUAUAUUUAAGGAGACUAGCGAAUUGAGUGAAGCCAAGCCACUAAUUAGAUCCGAGUUAUUGCCCAAGUUGAGACAAAUUUUCCAACAAUUUGGCAAGGAUUUGCUGGCCACCCAUGGUAAUGACAUUCAGGUGCCCGAAUCUCAGGUGAAAUCUAACUACACAAGAGGUAACCAAAAAAGUAGCUUUACCGAAAUCAAGGACUCCGCUUCAAAGCCAAAAAAGAAUGCACUUCCCUCUUCUACUUCAACUUCAGCACCAGUCUCCAGCACCAACAAAGUCCCCCAAAACGGAAGCGGCAAUAGUACAUCUAUUUAUUUAGAACCAACUUUUAAUGUGCCUUCCUCCGAGCUCUACGAAACGUUCCUUGAUAAGCAACGCAUAUUGGCCUGGACCAGAUCAGCACAAUUUUUCAACAGCGGACCGAAGCUGGAGACCAAAGAAAAAUUCGAGCUCUUUGGCGGCAACGUGAUCAGCGAGUUGGUUUCAUGCGAAAAGGACAAGAAACUUGUUUUCCACUGGAAACUCAAGGAUUGGUCUGCCCCUUUCAACUCUACUAUCGAAAUGACUUUCCAUGAGUCGCAAGAAUUCCAUGAAACCAAAUUACAGGUGAAGUGGACUGGCAUACCCGUUGGCGAGGAAGAUCGCGUGCGCGCUAAUUUUGAAGAAUACUACGUGCGUUCUAUUAAAUUGACAUUCGGCUUUGGUGCCGUAUUAUAA